AUGCAACUUUACCACCACCGAAUACUAACUGAACUAAACAAAGUUAGUAACGAUUUGACGACUGAAUCAACGGUGAAAAUGAGGAAAAGGCAUAACGAUGACCAUGAUGAAGAUGAUGGCGAUAACGAUGGUGAUAAUGAGAACAGCGACGGCGACGGCCGCGACGAUUGCACGCGUAUGACAACAACUGCUACUUCUCAUUAA